CUCUCUCACUAGAGCCCCUUGGGGUCUGGUGCUAUUAGCUGUCUCUUGCUUUUGGGAUCACAUUCUCCACUGAUCUUCCAAUACUAUUUCUAAUUUUAUGUAUCCUCUCAUCUUUAUCUUAUCUGCCUGCAUCACUCGGACUACGCUCGCUCCAGUCAUAGCUUUGGGAGCACGAGAGCUUCCCAGAUAGCUCCCUUGCACACCAUCCAUAGCUUCGCUGCAUAUUUGGAUGCGAGUUUCUUGUCCGAUCCUGCCCGUGAUUAUUGCGUUGUGGCCAUGGGAAAGGCCCCAGCAGUCACAUUCGUUGUGAGACAUGGGGCCCGCCUUGAUGCAGUCGAUAAGCACUGGCAUCUCACUUCUCCCACUCCGUAUGAUCCCCCUCUGACGUACGGUGGUUGGAACCAGUCGCGCAUGCUCGGGAUUCGCAUCGAAAGCCUCCUGCGAGAACGGGAACAGACACAAUCCAGCUCUGACACGUUAACCGAAUCUCCAGCGCAAAGAACAACGCCGCGAAAACAAAAAAUCAUUAUCCACUGCUCCCCAUUCCUCCGCUGCGUGCAGACAGCGAUUGCCAUAAGCGCCGGAAUAAGUCAGGCGAAAGGCUCUGCGCUUGCGAUUCAGCCAUCUUCCCCCGGGAGCAACCCGUUCGGUUCCACUACUACUCAAGGUCGUUCAACUGACGAUGCGCUCGAUCUUGGAGAAGGUCACGCAGACAAGGCAAAUAAAGAUCCCACGACCACGAGCAAGGAGCGAAACCGACACUGUAUCCUCCGCUUGGAUGCCUUUCUUGGAGAGUGGCUCACCCCAGAUUAUUUUGAGCAGAUCCCGCCUCCACCGGGCUCGGUCAUGAUGGUAGCCAGCGCAAAGGCAGAUCUCUUACGUCCCGCCGAAGCUAUUGAACUAAGUUCGCCUGCUGAUCUUGCUUCGGCUUCUGGGUUUUUCCCGGGUGGCUGGAAGAGGUCAUCCACAAAUUCUUUCGACGGCAGUACCUCUUUCGGGGCUUCCCAGAGUAUUCCAACUAGAACCCGUUCUGGCACUCUCGAUGGGCCCUCUGGCGGUUUAAAUGCUAGCAGACGCCCAGUGCUCUCCAAACUAUCCACAGUUCUACCAAACCAGCACAGUGGCUAUGUUCCACCCACUCCCACCUAUGCGGUCAAGCCUUCGGAUGCGAUCCCGCGUGGAUACGUCGCACAUGCGCGUGAUGCAUGUGUUGAGAUGGACUAUCAGUGGGAUAGUAUGCGUGAGCCUCAAUCUUGGGGUACUGGCGGAGAGUAUGGAGAAGAAUGGAGCUCGAUGCACCGAAGGUUUCGUGAUGGCCUAGAACGUAUGAUAUCAUGGUACAAAUGCAACACCUCUGCAUAUAUCAAGGACCCCAUGAUACCAGAAAGCCACGAUGAUGGCAAUGAUGAUGUGGAAACCAUAGUCAUAUUAGUUACGCAUGGUGCUGGCUGCAAUGCUUUAAUAGGAGCUCUGACCAAUCGUCCUGCUCUGCUCGAUAUUGGGAUAUCAUCCCUGACUAUGGCCGUCCGCAAGGCCGAAGCGCCUGGGGGCUCGUUCCCACAGCCGGACGGUGCUUACUCCCAGGUCAAUCUUGCCGAUGAAUACGAUGUCAGCAUCCUAGCCUCUACUGAUCACUUGAGAGCCGCAAAUAGCGCUGCUGCCUCGGGCCCAGCGUCUUCCCGAGGAUUCCCGAGUUCAGACUAUUCCCAUCGGCAAAGGUUUAGUUCUAUUUCCAGUUCUACCAGCUCUCGGGGGAGCUUGCCUCUAGGUGAUUCCUCCAACCGAACUUUGAACUACCCCAAUCUCUCCUCUCAACGUCCCCCUUCUCGAUCCGCCUUUGCGAGUCGGUUGUCGUCCGGUCUCUGGGGAUCCAUUUCGUCGCCUGAUCCAGCGGACGAUCUUAUCCCUAACUUCGGAGAUUGCAAAGGCCCCGAAUCUCUCAGCAAAGAUCCAAAGUCCCAAACUGUGACGGUAAAUGUACCGAUCCAGUCGUCCAUCCCUGCCGUACCCCAAACCAGCCAUGGGUUAUGGAGUAAAGCUCCUGAGAGAGAAUCCCAGGGUAAAAGGCGAUGGACCGUAACAGAUCGAUAG